AUGGGUCGCUUGAUCAAGAAUCACUGGGCACGAUUGAUUAUCCUUUCAGCCGCAGCAUGGCAAGUCGGUGCCUCCAUUGAAGGCUUCAUCUGGCCAAAGGUAUUCUGGGAUUUCCUGACAAAAAACCUGGACGGGUCUGUCAUGCCAGUGCCAGUCCUACAGAUAAUGAACCUUGUUCUCGGCCUCAUCGCGCUUGCUUGGGAAUGGCCUCUGAAACUACUAGCGGGCACAACUCCCCAUCAAAGCAUCGUGCUCCGUCUACUCGUUUACCCACUAAGUGCGCUUACAUGCGCACUUAUGUAUCAGUCGGGUGAUGUUGCGGUUUAUUAUUUGAUAGGAAUGGCGACUUAUUUUUGGGCGUACAGUGAAGGAGAGAUUGUCUGCGCAGUACCUUGGACACUCCCGAGAAAGUCAAGAAGGCUAGAGAAAGUCUGA